GUCGUGGUCCACGGGGAAGCAAUAGACAAAUUUCAGAAGCUAAGAUAACCAACAAAGAAUAGCCACAUACAUAAAUAAACUCAUCAUCUCAUUCGUCUCAGUCUCAACCCUCCAAUCAUGAAGAAAGCUGAGCUUGUCUUCAUCCCCGCACCGCUGGUAGGUCAUAUUGUCUCCAUUGUUGAGCUUGCCAAGCUCCUUCUAGACCGAGACGACCGCCUAUCCAUUACCGUGCUAGUUAUAAAGCAACCGGCGGACCCUAUUGCCAACACCGUCGUCCAACAAGUUGUCUCCGCCGAUUCCAGAAUUCGCUGCUUUAACCUUCCGGAGAUGGAGCCGCCGCCGGAAGAAAUGAUUCUCAAGGUCCCGGAGAAUUACCUUUCCGCUUAUAUAAAAAGUCAUAGGUCACAUGCCAAACACGCGAUUGUUAAUAACGUGCUCUCGUCGGAUUCCGGCGAGUCGCCGGCGCUCGGCGGGAUUGUAUUUGAUUUGUUCAGUAGUUCUAUGGUUGACGUGGCGAAUGACCUCGGUGUUCCAUCUUACCUGUUUUACACCUCCGGCGCCGGGUUUCUCGGGGUAAAUCUUUACCUCGUGAUCCGGGAGAGACUCGGUGGAAGAGAAUACACGUUGGCCGACCCGGACUCGGUGGUUUCCACGUUUGCCUCGCCGGUUCCGGCGAGAGUUAUGCCUACGUUCGCGUUCAUCGAGGAAGGUUACAGAGUAUUUGUCGAACAUGGCAGGAAGUUAAGAGAAACAAAGGGGAUGAUCGUAAACACGUUUGCAGAAUUGGAACCAUACGCGGUGAAAGCUUUAGGAUCCGACCCGGAUCUGCCCCCGGUUUACACGGUCGGGCCGCUGCUCGCGCCUCAGAAGGAGCACGCAGGGAAGGAGGAAAUCAUCAACUGGCUCUCGGAGCAGCCGCCGUCCUCGGUGGUGUUCCUCUGCUUCGGAAGCCAGGGAGGCUUCGAGGCGCCGCAAAUACACCAAAUCGCGACGGCGCUCGAGAGGAGCGGCCACAGGUUCCUCUGGUCGAUCCGCCGGCCGUGGUCCUUAACUAGCUCCGAGCGAGCCGGCGACUUCACCAGUUUCGACCCGAUUUUGCCGCCGGGAUUUGCGGGGAGGACCAGAAACAGGGGGAAGGUUUGCGGGUGGGCUCCGCAAGUGGAAGUUCUGGCCCACCGCGCCACGGGGGCAUUCGUGUCCCACUGCGGCUGGAACUCCACUCUGGAGAGCAUGUGGCACGGCGUCCCGAUGGUGACGUGGCCCAUCUACGCCGAGCAGCAGACCAACGCGUUUCAGUUGGUGAAGGAGCUCGGGCUGGCUGUGGAGCUGACGGUGGAUUAUCGGAGGGCGCAAGGCUCGGAGAAUGUUGUAAUGGCAGAGGAGAUAGAGAGAGCAAUUAGAAGCGUGAUGGAGGCAGAAAAUCCGGUCAGGAAAAGAGCUAAAGAGAUGGGAGAGAUGAGCCGGAAGGCUUUGAAGGAAGGGUCUUUCUCUCCGUCCGUUUAACGGUCCGGGAUCCACCUACCUUCGCUCCGGGAGGCACGGGAGCUGGCCCAGGGGGAAUCGUCACUUGUGGGAAAAACAAGUGUUGAUGCAAUCACCAAAUCCGUACACAAAAUCAAUAUUUAUUUGGCCAAAAUGCAAAAUGGUCAAUUGAUCAACCAACAUGUUAGAUAUUAGGACAUGUUUAAUCGCUUGGCUACAUAUUCUAAAUAUGCCAUAUUGUCACUAUCCAAAAAUAUAUAUUAAAUAAAUGUCGUUCUUAUAUAAUAUAACAUGUAAAUCAAAUAAAAAAGGUAUAUCACACUAGAAAUAUUAUGUGUGAUGAAUUCAAUUAACGAAAAUGGUGUUGGUGUUAA